CCGGAAGUGCGUGACUUGUUGCGACAAGCAGGCGAGGGAGAUGUAGAUCGGCGAUUGCUUCAUAACUAAAUAUCGGUCUUGCAGCACGUUGUAGCACCAGUCGCCCUAGUCAGAAGUACUUCCACCGCCAUGGAGGCCUGGGCUCAACUUGUAUGUACGACUGACACGGAGACACCGCCCACUGAACUGGACAAGGACAAGUUCACCAUUGGACGAGCUGGAGGUAACGACAUAUUCCUGGCCGGCAACAAGCUUGUGUCUGGAGUCCACUGCUAUAUUGAGAGGGAUGCAUCAGGAAAAGUCUGGCUGUAUGACAGCAGCACCAAUGGCACCCUGCUGAACAUGACCCACAAGCUGACCAAAGGGGAGUGUCGGCAGCUACAACAUGGGGACGAGUUCCACGUCGUGUACAAGAAGAACAAUGAAGAACUCAAUAUUGGGUACUUGUAUCAGGAUCUGCAGGAACUUGCCAGGGAGGAACAGGAAGAACUGGAGGGCACCGAGGAGUACCACCACCGGCCCAAUCCUGAUGCCACUCUAGUGGAUGAUGAGUUAAAUAUGGCGGACUCACCCGAGUCCAAGAAGAGACCACACCCAUCAGAUGAGACCACUGCUGAACCAACUCUGAAGAAACACAAGUCCGGAGACCCCCCAACUGCCAACACCACUCCUCCAGCAACUCCUGCUCUUGACAAGGACCAAGGUGAAGACAAGAAGAUUGAAGAGACAGCAGUAAAAGAUGGAGAGAAGGAGAAAGGGAAGAGUGAAGGGAAAGCAGCUGCUGAGGAGAAGAGUAAAGCAGAGAAAGAUGCACCAGAUGAGGCAGAUGCAAUGGGCGAGACUCUGGUGUGCAUCAUCUGUCAGGAAAUCCUGCAUGACUGCAUCAGCCUCCAGCCAUGCAUGCACUCCUUCUGUUCGGGAUGCUACUCUGAGUGGAUGGACAGAUCCAACGAAUGUCCUUCUUGUCGGUUAAAAGUCGAUCGUAUCAACAAGAAUCACAUCGUCAACAACUUGGUGGAGGCCUAUUUGAAAGAACACCCAGAUCGUAAACGCCCUGAAGAAGACAUCAAGGAACUUGAUGCUAAGAACAAGAUCACCAGAGACAUGUUAUACCCCAAAAACAAGCGUCCGAGGGAAGAGGAUGAGUCCAGUGAAUACUCCGAUGAGGAUGAGUACGACCCAAGCCCUGCAGUGGUCACGCAUGUUCCUGCACCUGUAGCGGGUGCUCUGUUUGGCUUAGGGAAUCCAUUCUUUGGGACAGCCAGACCACCAAAGACAGUGUGUCGACAGUGUGCCGAAUUCAAAGAUCCAGCUGGAGGCACAGGACUCUUUGGGGGAAUUCAAACAGCAGUUACUGCAGUCAAGAAUCUUGUCACUGGGGCAGCAGAGGGCGCCACUGCAGAGGGAGACAACCCUGGCCCAUCAGGGGCACCUGCUGCAGCAACUGAUGGAGCUGGACCAUCAACAGGAGAGGAUGGAGAUAGAGCCGACCCUGAUGUGAAGGUCAUGCCGACGCCCCCGCAAUUCACCUGUGCCAUCAAUCAGAACCACAUCCUGUGUGCCUGCUGUAUGCAGCCGAUGCCGGACCGGCGUGUGCAGAGAGUUCACAAUCCUGCCAUCCCCGCACAACAGUGUUCUAUCUGUUACCGUGCCUACUGUCAUGCCUACUGGGGCUGCCGCAACGCCAACUGUCUUGGGUGCCUUGGGAAGUUUAAAGAUAUGAACUUUGGGAAAAAGUGUCUGCCAAACCUCAUCCUUGACAACACAUCAGAGUCGACAAUAUUCAAGGACUACUUAGAAGCUAACAACAUUUCAGUCCGAGAUGUUUUAAAGGAAGGCUUAGCCAAGCUUGAGUCUGGACAGUACAAAUGUUUCGAUCAAAUGAGGGGGGUUGUGGACGGAGAGACAUAUUUCUGCUACAUGUGUGGACUGCGCAAUUUCAAAGACCUAGCCUACCAAUAUCGGAAGGAUAUACCCAAGGAGAACCUGCCAGAGGCAGUACAGAGACGAUCCGAUUGUUACUGGGGAAAGAACUGUCGAACACAGCGCAACAAGCCUCACCACGCAGCAAACUUCAACCAUGUGUGUGACCAAACAAGAAAAACCUAGCAUACCCUAGCCCUGGUGCAGACAUCCAGGUGUUCCUCAGAGAGAGCAGACUUAUGACUGUGUGAUGCUAAGUCAUCUUAUGUUACAAGAGGCAUUAUUUGCUUAUCAACUGAUAUAUGUAAUGAAUGCAUAAACUAAGUUGUUGAUCAGGUAACCAGGGUAACAGCUGGGUCAGUUUAUUGCAGCCCCAGGGUGUUGUGCUGUGAUAAAGUGUUGCCCUGGUCAGUUGUACAUAGUGCUAUGUAUAGUGACUGUUGUGAUGAAGCAUGGUUGUGUUGGAGCCCCGCAGUCAGAUGCAUUCCCUGUGGGGAUUCCUGAUGUCAGUCAAAAUGACAAUGGUCAUGUGUGGUCCUGACUACCGUCAUAUUGUUUGAAUAUUGCUGAGUGAGGCGUUCAACACCAAACAAGAAAGAGAACUUGUUUACCUUGUAUCAUGUUCAUGCUGGACCUAUUCUGACCAAGAACCCUCGCAGGGCCUGGAGACUGUGCUCUGGUAGUUCCAAUGUAUGGCCUAUAUUACUGUAUUCAAUACGAUUAGUGACUGUCCGCAACGCUUAUAAUAUAUGCUGUAACUGUACAUCUGGGCGGCUCCCUAUAAACAAUUUUGAUUUAGAAUUUAGAUUUUUCGCAGACUGUCCCAUUGUGUUUUCCUAAUAGAUCCCCGAUCCAAAUCUGCAUCUCACUUUAUAUGUUUCAGCAAAGUGCAUGUGUCGUGAUCUAAUGACAAAUGCAACAUGAUUCACUUCUCAAGCCACUUGCCUUCAAAUAUCACUAUGUGUAGUUACAUUUUAGAUCGUGCAACAAUACAUUUUCUUGCCGAGCUGGAAAAUGGACUGGUAAAGAUAUUAAUCUGCCAUUGCACUGUGAUGGCAGCCAAAUAUAUGUACACUCUCAAUGAUUCUAGGACCGCCUCCGUGGUCUAGUGGUAGAGUGUACACCCGGAAAGCGGAAGGUCCGGGGUUUUAUCCCCGGCCGUGUCAUACCAAGAGACGUUAAAAGACGGUACUUGUUGUUACCCUGUCUGGCAC